UACCCACGGCAAGUCAAGUGUAAGGCUUAGCAAUAUGGCGAACGCCAAGCUUGUUGUAGUCGUGGCCACGCUCGUGAUCCUCCUGGAGGUGUCAACGUGCACCCUGGCCCGGCACCACGGCAAGCCAGACCCGUGCAGCGGCGAGGACGACGGCUCCGCGGUGGGCACACUGCACAAGCACAAGAAGCCUGGCCACUGCCCAUCGCCAGGCGGCGGCGGUGGCACACCUGGCAUCAUGACAGUGAACGGGUUCCAGAAAGGGGAGGACGGCGGAGGGCCAUCGGAGUGCGACGGCAAGUACCACAGCGAUAAGACCUUGAUUGUGGCACUGUCGACGCGGUGGUACGCUGGCGGGCGGCGGUGCCACAAGCCGAUCCGCAUCACGAGCAAGCAAAACGGGCGCACCGUGGUGGCCCGAGUGGUGGACGAGUGCGACUCCAACCAUGGCUGCAAGGACAAUAUUGUGGACACCUCUCAGGCCGUGUGGGAUGCGCUUGGGCUCGACAGCAACAUCGGCGAGGUGCCCGUCACCUGGUCCGACGCAUGAAACCCACGGCGAGCGGUGGAUUCCAUUGGGAUGUAGCGUUCGCGAGUCAAGCGUCAAGUGUCAGUGUCGUUGCUAAUCUCGACGGGUAUAAGGUAUUUGGUCGAGCAGCAGAAUAAAUAAACUACUACUACUACCUCGAUGUGUAUAAGGUACAUCGCGUUGAUUAAACACGGUCAGAGGGAGUAGUAUGGAUGAUAGUGCGAAUUUAUCAUCUUGUAAAAGUGUCACCCUUAUGUAAUGUGUGUUUCUCGUUAGUUGCCCGUCUCAGUUUGAUUU